CAAGAACUCGAAGCCCUUGCCGCAAUCUACGCCGACGAACUCAAUCUCUCCCCCGGGAAGUAUGCCGGCUCAAUCACAAUCCCCAUCGAGCCCGCAUCGCCGGUGACCGUGACAUUCACCUCUCCCAAAAGUGAUGAGCCAGAGAUGUUGACCGUGUCGCAUCUGCCGCCCAUGGUGAUGCGGUUUGUGUUGCCGGAGGGGUAUCCGGAGGAUGUGCCACCGGUGGUGAAGUUGGAGUGUAGGUGGCUGGCGACGGCGGAUGUGGACCGGGUACAGCUUGGGUUGGUGAGGUUGUGGGAUGAGACGAGGGAUCAGUCGAUAUAUACCUAUGCGGAACACGUUCGCGACUCGGGAUCAACACUUUUCUCCUCGCCGUCAGCUACGCCUUCACACGCGCUAUCACUCACCUUCGGACCAUCACAAUACCAACUACGGGACACUUUUCUUUCAUACGACUCAUCAGCGACAGCGAAAUCAUUCAACAAUACCAGUUUCGCGUGCUCGAUCUGUCUCACAAACCACAAAGGCUCCGCAUGUCAACGGCUUAGCGCAUGCGGCCACGUCUUCUGCAAAGCCUGUCUCGAAGACUACUACGGCGUCUGCAUCGAAGAAGGUAUGGUCAGCCAAGUCCGCUGCGUCGAUUGCCUGUCAUCGAUAAAAAAGGGGUGCGCCCCAUCCACAACCGCAAAAUCCGAAUGGGAAUACCUCCAAGACUACUCAGUACCACCAUCAGAACUAGUGGGCGUGCUAUCACCAGAAAAGAUCCAGAGAUACAAAGACAUGGCGAAAAAACACCACUUUGACGCUGACCCAACGACGAUCUACUGUCCCCGGCCCUCGUGCAAUACCCCCCUCCCCCCCUCAAAGGACUCGGAAGGCAUGAUCGACAAACUCGGCGUAUGCCCCAGCUGCGGUUAUACUUUUUGUACAUUAUGCCGCGAAACCUACCACGGCCCCGUCGAAGCCUGCAAAUACAACCCCGCGAAUACAGCCUCGGGCGGAUUAGUCCAAGACUACCUCUCCGCCGACCCCACCGCCCAAAAACUCAUGGAACGCCGCUACGGCCAACGCGUCCUACACCGCCUCGUCGCCCUCUACGAAGACGAACAACUCGCCCUCCGCUGGCUCCGCGACAACUCAACACCCUGCCCAACCUGCGCCGUACCCGUCGAGAAAUCGAUGGGGUGCAAUCAUAUGAUAUGUGGCCGGUGCGGGACGCAUUUUUGUUUUUUGUGUGGAGCGUAUCUCGUUAGUAGGAAUCCGUAUGGGCAUUAUAAUGUUGUUGGGCAGGGGUGUUAUGGGAGGUUGUUUGAGGGGUUGACGGAGGAGGAUGAGAGGAGGUUGAAUGAGGGGGCUAUGGUGGUUGUGGAGGAGUGAAUUGCUUGGAUGAGGAAGCACGUGCGUACUAUGAGGGACGGAUAGCAUAGCAGAGCAUUCAAACCGCAUUGAAGCAUGUGCACCUAUAGCUACAGCAGAUAGCGCUUACCGAAGUGACCUGCACUUCUUCACAAUGGCCGAAAGGCCCUGGAUCUUCAUGAUCAGGGCAAGCAUGAGCCCAAAAAGGAAGAAAAGAUACAGCACCCGAGUAUUCCCAGCUGGUCUCCCACGCUAGUACUGACUGGGCCCU